GUAGAAAGUGGCAAGAGGACUGGAUCAUUUAUCAAAGUUUAAGGUUAUAUGUGUGACUUUGUCCUCAGGGAGAUUCCCUUUCCUCCUCCUCCUUCUCUUUACCUGCACGAUAAGUCAACACCUUCACUCGGAGGGAGGAUGUCCAACCUGCCGGAUAUUCCUGCUCCGCGUAAAUUCCACUGGAUCCAAGAAGGAAGCGAGGACACGUUUACCAGCUUGGAGUUCAGAAGUUUAGUUCUGGUUUCGUCCGAUGAGAAGAUUUCAAAGUGUUAAAGACACAAAGAAGAAGCAUGUUUUCCUUCCUGCGCUCAGGCAGAAACCCCGCUCCUGAGCAGAUCCACAUUUCCUCGCUACCUCCCAGUAUUCCCACAGAUCAGGAGCCAGAGCAAGCUGAAAGACAAGCGGAUGACGUGGUUGAAGAGAAAGGGGUGAUCCAGACCACAUACACUCACAGAGUACACUCCACACCCUCGGUCUUCCUCCAGAAUCACAGUGAUGAGCCUGUUUCCAGCACUUACUUUGACGAGAAAGUCCCUGUCCCUGAGGAGGAUGACGUGAGGUGGAUCAGUCUCCGUAAGCUCUGGGCCUUCACCGGCCCGGGGUUUCUGAUGAGCAUAGCCUACCUGGAUCCAGGUAACAUCGAGUCUGACCUGCAGUCAGGUGCCAAAGCUGGCUUCAAGCUGCUCUGGGUGCUGCUGGGUGCCACCAUCGUCGGCCUGCUGCUGCAGAGGCUGGCGGCUCGGCUGGGCGUGGUCACCGGGAUGCACCUGGCUGAAGUCUGCAACCGCCAGUACCACACUGUGCCUCGUAUCAUCCUGUGGUUGAUGGUGGAGCUGGCGAUCAUCGGCUCAGACAUGCAGGAGGUCAUCGGCUGCGCCAUCGCUUUCAACCUCCUCUCCUCUGGCAGGAUCCCCUUAUGGGGGGGUGUCCUCAUCACCAUCACUGACACGUUUGUCUUCCUCUUUUUGGACAAGUACGGUCUGAGAAAGCUGGAAGCCUUUUUUGGAUUCCUCAUUACAAUCAUGGGGAUCACAUUUGGAUAUGAGUAUGUGACAGUGGGUCCAGACCAAGGCCAGCUGCUGAAAGGGAUGUUUGUGCCAUACUGCGAGGGCUGCGGACCCGUCCAGCUGGGUCAGGCUGUUGGCAUCGUGGGCGCCGUCAUCAUGCCUCACAACAUUUACCUCCACUCUGCUCUCGUCAAGUCUCGAGAAGUGGAUCAGUCAAACAAAAAAGAGGUAAAAGAGGCCAACAAAUACUUCUUCAUCGAGUCGACCAUCGCGCUGUUUGUCUCUUUCCUCAUCAAUGUGUUUGUGGUGGCCGUCUUUGCUGAGGCUUUCUAUCAGCGCACAAAUGAAGAGGUGUUCAAUGUCUGUAAUCAAACAGGCAGUCCACAUUUAGACCUGUUCCCUCUGAAUAAUGAAACUCUCAAGGUGGACAUCUACAAAGGGGGAGUGGUGCUCGGCUGUUUCUUUGGCCCAGCUGCUCUCUACAUAUGGGCCGUGGGGAUCCUUGCAGCUGGUCAGAGCUCCACCAUGACUGGAACAUACUCCGGCCAGUUUGUCAUGGAGGGCUUCUUAAACUUGCGCUGGUCACGUUUCGCUCGGGUGUUGCUGACCCGCUCGCUUGCCAUCACGCCCACCCUGCUCGUGGCCAUCUUCCAGGACGUGCAGCAUCUGACGGGCAUGAAUGACUUCCUGAAUGUGCUGCAGAGCAUGCAGCUGCCAUUCGCCCUCAUUCCCAUCCUCACGUUUACCAGUUUGCCAUCUCUCAUGAACGAGUUUGCCAAUGGACUGGUAUUUAAGAUAGGAGGCGGAGUGGUGAUCUUGAUCGUGUGUGCCAUCAACAUAUACUUCGUCGUAGUCUACGUGAGCACGCUGGGCAGCGUGUGGCUGUACGUGCUGUCGGCUUUCCUGUCCAUAGCAUACCUGGUGUUUGUGGGAUACUUGGUGUGGUUAUGUCUGAUCGCUCUGGGGGUGUCCUGGCUCGAUCCGAGCACCAGGAGAGGGAACGACACGACCAUCCUGAUCCAGCGGCAGCCUGAGUUUGACUCAUGACAUUCGCGUCAAAGGUGCAUCUGUGGACAACCUGACUGACUGUGUUUAGCUUCAGAUAAAGUCUUCUAUAGUCCCAAUUUAUUUAUACGAGACGUUUGUUGACUUUCAGAUGAACUUUGACGAUUGGUUGGUGCUGUACAGAUUUUUUUUUAGUAAUGAAGAAACAAAUUUAUUUGUCACUGUAACUUUAUUAAAAGGUAACAUACUGAUCGUGAAAAGCUUAGGUGAGUUUUAAAGAUUGACAGGUUUACAGAUGUCCGAUGUUUCUAAUCAUUUUAUGAAGGACUUAAUAUAACAGAAAACAUGUCAAGACUUUUUUAAGAAACCAAACAGACUGAAUCUGAGGUGCACAGAGUCCCUGUGAAGAAGAUUUAUAAAUGAUACCCAGGCUUUUAAAAUCAGUGGUUUCAUGUUCAGGAGGGAGUUUUAAAGUUUUAAACACAAAUUCACGUCUUCAAAAAUGCCUUUCAACAACAAGGCAGUGACGUGCUGGAUUUCAGCAGAUAUAUCAUUUUAUUUUUACAGCUCACUAUCACACAUUUGCUCAAGAAGCUUCAGAAUCUCAGCAGCAUACAGUAUCUUCUGACAUGUAGCAGAGAUAAGGAGAAACUUCCCCAAAUGCAGGAAGUCGCUAGAAAAAAAAAAGAGGUCAGGAAGAGCCGCUGAGGAAGGAUCCAGGAUGUUAUGUUCAGAAAAGCAACAGUGCAGAUUUCCAAUGUGAACAACUGAGAUGACAAAAUUAGACCUUAAGCGUCUGAAGAAACUGAAUUUAUCGGAGAGGUGUUAAGACGUGAUGAAAAAAAGAAAUAUAAAAAUAAAUGCUAAAAUUGCAUUAAUAUAAUUAAACAGGAGAAUAACAUGUAAGUUAGUAAACAGACUCAAUUUUUUUUCUUAAACAGCACUAGAAGUGUGCAAAAACAAAGUUUUCUGGAAGUUCAUUUACAAACACUAAAGAUUGCUUCAACCCAAGAAAUACAGUAAACAAACAGAGGAUUUGAGAUUAAAUCUCCCAACAAUAUGUGUUUUACAGGCCAUCAGUAGUAUUUGGAAACAGGACCAUUUAAAACCCUCUGAGACAUUUUUGGGUUGGUUGUUUUUUUUUUACAUUUUUUUGUAUUUUGAGCUAAUUGAAUUCAAACUGCAGUUUCUCUUUCAGCCACAGGGAGGUGUUGCAGGCUUCAGGAGACACUUCUCAUUUACAGUAAACAUUUCACUACCACAGCUUACAGCAUAACACAUUAAAGGACAUGCAGCCUUACAUCAUGCCCAUGUGCAGUCACCAAAAGCAGCGUUACUGUGUGAGACAAAACGAAUGCUGUGCACUGAGACUCGCUGCUGCUGCACAUGCCUGUGGUGGUAUGUCAGAAGAGUUGCAACUUAUUGUGCAACUGUGAGCCAAACGCUGCUUGUUUCACAGUGCUGAAGUGCUUCGGCUUUGCGAGCUGAGCUGAGGCGGAUGAACAGGUUUUUCUUUGCAUUGUGGCGGGGAACUUUUUUUUCCCCCUCUCUCUCUUUCCCUCUCUCCCUGUCAUGGAGGCAGACUUAUGUAAGAGGGGAGAGUCUUCCCACCGCCCCUCUCUGUUUUUGUUUUUCUCAAUGAGCCAAUGUCUCCCUGCCUAGGCCUCACAGCCUGUCCAGUAGGCCCCUUUCCUGGAAACAUAGCCUAGCAGAGGCCACUCAGGGGCAGGCCUGUGAGGUGGGAGGGUGGGUGGGGCGGGGGGGCUCUUCCAGCAAAUCACAUGAUUUGACCCUACAGUCAUAGCUCUACAUGAGGCUCAGAUGCUGCAAGCACAUUUCAGCAGCCAGUUUGUCAUCAGCAUGAUUGGAUGCGGCUUUAAUGCAUGGCAGAGUGCAUGAGGCUGUAAGUAGACUCCGUGCAUCCCCAGGUGUGACAUUUUUGAAGUAGAACCACAACAUCUAAAGGACAGUGUGUUUGUGUGUGUUCUUUAAAGACAGUUAUGUCAUUUAUUUUCGUGUUGUUGGCCUUAAUGCCAAAAAAACUUGAUGAACAGUUUUGCAGAGAUUAAAAAAUAUAUAUUUUAGUAUUUGAUUAUGCUCACCAUGAUAUUUAAAAAUGUAAUAUUGAUAGAGUGUCAAUAAUGCACAUGUGAUAAUAACUGGUUUUUUGUGUGCCAUUUCCACAGCGAUGGUUACAGACUCUCCUUUUGAGGUCUUUGCACUUAUUUUAAGUUGAAGUUAUUUGCCAUAGUUAUUAACAUAGUAGCUAUUUUUCUCUAUAUAUACUGCAAUAAUAUUGAUUCAGUCUGACAAUAAUUGUUAAUUGAAAAUCCAAUAUUGUGACAGCCCUACUUGAUGGAAAUUCAGUGAUGUGUUUCCAAUUUAAAACUGAUGUAUCGAGCUUCUUUAUUGUGUGAUUGUCUUGUAUAUUUCCAGUUAUGUUGCUGUUAGAGCAGUGGUUCUCAUUCUCAAAGUGGGGUCUGGGUUCGUAGCCAUGAAGCAGUCUUUGCCUUCCCAGUAGAUACAUCUCUGGUGUUAAACCAAAAUCAUUAAGUUCUAAUGCUGAAAACCUGCAUGUAAAAAAAAAAAAAAAAAAAAAAAAAAAAAAAACAAAACAAAACAAAACAAAAAAAACAACCUUACACAAAACUUCACAGUUUCAUCAAUUUAUCUCGACUGUUUUGGCCAAUAUUAGAACACAGUUGAUGUUACUAAAAUAAUAAUUUCCUUUGAAUUAGUUAAUUGACCUUCAUUAUAUAAUAAAGAACAGAAAGAUGUGAACAUUUACACCAUCCAGACAAAUAUCUUGUGCCCUUUACUCCCACUCAUGUUAAAUAUGAGCCAGCAGAAGCUCUGAUAUGUUGUGACACAUUAUGCCACGUGUCUGACGUAGAUAGGAUAAAAAUAAUUCCCAUGUAGUAAUUUAAAUACUAGGAGAAUUAAAAGGGGGUUCUGGGAAAUGUUUCCAAGAACCCCCUGGUCCCAGGCCCCCAAAGUUUAAGAACCAGUGUGUUAGAGGUUAAAAAGUCACUGAUUGAUUUUUUUUGAUUUGGACAAAUCUUUUGAAUACCCUUGUUACGGUAGAAAGCGCCGUAGUGUUUUUAUCACUGUGGCUCACCAGAACUUGCUGUUUUAAUGAGUUUCAAUUAUAAAAAUCAUUAACUGUGUUAUUGAAUUGUAAACAAAAAGCUCCACACUGGGGGGGGAAGAAAAUGCAAUAAACACUAACAUGGCUUCA